GAUAAAAGAAAGAAGGCCAAAACCCUAUCGAGAGAACUCUGCAUCUGAAAAACCCCGAGAAUCAGCAAGAGAGAAGAUGACGCAGAAAAGUGGGUUAUUCAAAGGCCAAAAGAAGAGGAAAACCGUUCCUCUAAACCGCCAUGGAAAGGCACCCACAACUCGUAAAGGGAAGAGAUAUGUGAAGCCUUCAAAUUUCACGAGUGCAAUGGAUACUGAUCGGGAGUUGACAAAGUUCAUAAACAAGUGCAAUGAAGUGAAGGCUGCCACCGCCGCAAACAAGGAAGGCGGUCAACUAUGCAUUGUCAAAACACCAGCUGGGAAUGAAGCUGAGGCCAAGAAAUAGAGUUAGGGAUAAUCACCAUAUAUUCAACAUAUGGAGAGUUAAAAGAGAAACCUGAACAAAAGUUGUUAAAUUUACUUCUCAUUCAAGAAAAGCUAACACUUAUUUUGCUUAUCAUCUUGUUCUCUUUGAUUGUACCAUGUAUUUCUAUGCAGUUUUGAUAAUUGAGUAUGUGAUAAAAUUCUUUAAUAGUUCGUUUAUGAAACUCUUAAAUACUCA